AUGUCGUAUAAUUCAGGUACUCCUACUCUCCAAGCUCAACCAUCCAUCGAGCAACCAUAUGUCGCUAAACAGCCAUCAGCCAAAGCAACUAUGAACGCGAAAGGCGCAAGUUCCCAGGAAACAAAGCAGCAAGAAGAUACUAUGCGAUUAAGAGGUGGAUGUCCAGGUCAUUUCUGUGGUCUCCCUAUCCUCCCAUGUCGAUGCGAUAUCUGUAUCAUCCCUAUCCCAUGUUGCUAA